AGCAACAAUUGACAGAUAAAUCAGAGGCCAUUAAGGUCUCUUUAGAACUUUAUAAAUAAGCGAGAGGAAGUGAGAAGUGAAGUGAAUUACUCAAUUUAUAAUUAAAUAUUGUAAAAUAAGCUCAUAUUUAUGACUCACUAAAGCUUCCAUCUUAAACAUCAAUGGUUACAGAAUCAGAGAAAUGUAGGGCUGGAAGGUCAUCAAGGCCAACCCCCUGCAUGGAGACAAGACCAAGUAAACCUAGACCAUCCCUGACAGCCUAUAUCACAGUACAGCAAUAUCCCACCAUAGCAUCUAUUAAAUAUGGCACAUCUGCACUUCUUGAUUGUAUAUUUGAUUUCCAGUUUCUAUCAGAGGCUGAAAUUGAAGUCGACUGGUAUAUUCAAUUGCUGCUUUUUAAUGAUUCCAUGAAGAAAAUAACCAUGUCUUCAAAGAUGUUGCCUUUAAACCAAAGUGCUUCGUUGUCAAGGGAUGAUGGAAAAUACAAGCUCACAGGCAAUCUUCUAAAAGGCGUAGUCUUCUUAGAAGUGAAGAAUCUUCAACCACGGGACGUUGGUCUGUAUACCUGCAAAGUGGCACGCCUGAUACCACCGCCAUACCUAGAAGGAAGUAGCAAUGGAACUUAUAUCUGUGGAAUAGAAGAUACAUUGCAAGAUUCCUGCAAGUCAUCAGAAACUAAAUUUGUCAUAUGCUUGGGGACCCUGGCAGCCUAUACAUUUGUGAUCAUCAUGGCUACCAUAAUUUAUGUACUGGUUAGAAGAAAAUCUACCUGCACAAGUUCUCCACUGCCAAGCAGAGACUCUCUGAUAUACGUGGAUAUGAAUUUUGCAAAAGAAAGCACUGCAACCACCAUGAACCCCUGCAUUAUGAAGCAGUCUGAUGAACUAGUGAACACGGUAAAGGAGCCAUUCAGCUUGAUGGAAGAGCAAGGCCCGAACCAGUUGCAUGUCUUAGUGAUUCUGAGUCACUUUUCUCAACAGUAA